AGCACGAGAGCGAGAGAGGAGUUGCAAGCUUGGCUGUGCUUCAGUUUGUCAUCGCCCGGGCGGCAGCGCAGCAGCAAGCGAGCGAGCAUCGAGCGAACCGAACCAAUCCGAGCCACAUCGGAUCAGGACAGCACCGGACGGCAUCGCAAAUUGACAUCAAAGAGGACCUUUUUUUUCUUCCAGCCUUUUUCUUUAAUCUUUUUUUUUUUUUUUAACUUCCCAACGUCUUUUUUUUUUAACGUCCGGCGUCCACUUGCUCCAAAGAACCGGAACCUCCUCGACUACAUCCUUGCAGAACCUGGGACGUGAUGCGGACCUCCGCCGAGUAACGGGUGAACCGAACCGAACCGAACCGAAUCGGUCACGACACUCGCAAAAAGUGGACUUAAUUGUGAGCGGAAUAUUCUCUUGGCUCCAUUUGGAUUUCAAGUACUUUUAAUUCCUCACCCGAGUGGAUUUUAUCCGAUUUUUCUUCUUUUUCGCACUCCUUGAGUUCCGGAGUGGACUCCGGGGACGAGCGGAGCCUGUAGCCGGGCUGGAGAGCUCCAAGCUGGGCUACCGCGCGGCGGUCACCCGCUCCAGAGUAAUGGCAGCAUCGAGGCGGCACUUCCUGCUCUGCCUGGCGGCGACGCUGCUGUCGUGGUGCAACGCCUCGCCGACUGACAUCCUCUACCGGGUCCCCGAGGAGCAGCCGCCCAAUACCCUGGUGGGCAGCCUGGCGGCGGACCGCGGGCUUCCUGACAGCGGGCACCUCUACAAGCUGGAGGUGGGCUCCCCCUACCUCCGUGUCGAUGGGAAGACGGGCGACAUCUACACCACCGAGAUCCCCAUCGACCGUGAGACCCUCAGGGACUGCCGCAACCUCUUUGAGGAAGACAAGUGCUACCUGGAGUUCGAGGUGUCCAUCACGGACAUGGUGAAAGGCAUCGGAUCGGGGCCUCGCCUCAUCGAGGGCCGCAUCGAGGUUCUGGACAUCAACGAUAACACACCCCAGUUCUCCUCGCCCAUCCUCACACUGGCUAUCCCGGAGAACACCCACGUGGGCGCCCUGUUCUCCAUCCCCAUGGCGACCGAUCGUGACGCCGCCAGCAACGGCGUUGCCGAGUACACCCUGAGCACAGGACCCGACGCCGAGCAGCUCUUCGGACUGCAGGUGGCGGUGGACACGGACGAGAAGCUGCCUCAGCUGGUGGUCAUGGGGAACCUGGACCGUGAGAAGAAGGACUCGUAUGACCUGAAUGUUCGGGUGGUGGACGGCGGCCGGCCGGCCAGGGCCAGCAGCGCCCUGCUCCGGGUGGUUGUCACCGACCAGAAUGACAAUGCGCCAAAGUUUGAAAGGAGUCACUACGAUGCUGAGCUGGUUGAGAACAGCCCUCUGGGGCACUCCGUGCUACAGGUCCGCGCCAAUGACGCUGACAUGGGCACCAACGGCGAGAUCGACUACAGCCUGCACCAGAUGUCCGAGGCAGUCCAGAGACUUCUGCGCAUCGACCGUUCCACUGGAAUCAUCUACGUAAAAGGCAUGGUGGACCGCGAGGAGGAGAGCUUCCUCAAGUUCUUUGUCGUGGCCAAAGACCGAGGGCCAAACUCCAAGAGCUCCAAAGUCCUGGUGACCAUCAACGUCCGGGACCAGAAUGACAAUGCUCCCACCAUCGAGAUCCGUGGUAUCGGCCUUGUAACGCACCAGGAUGGAAUCGCCAACAUUUCCGAGGACAUGCCAGUAGACACUGCAGUGGCGUUGGUCCAGGUGUCGGACCGCGACGAGGGGGAGAAUGCGAUCGUGACGUGUGUGGUGGCCGGCGAUGUCCCAUUCCAGCUGCAGCCUUUGGGUGAGUCCAGCAAUGACCGUAAAAGGAAGUACUUCCUGCAGACCACUACGCUGCUGGAUUACGAGCGAGUGAAGGAUUACAGGAUUGAGAUCGUGGCAGUGGAUUCCGGCAACCCUGCUUUGUCCAGCACCAACUCCCUAAAAGUGCAGGUCACUGACAUGAACGACAACACGCCCACCUUCUCCCCAGCCAUUGUAGAAGUGGACUUUGCUGAGGGGAACCACCCUGGCGACAAGGUACUACAGGUGGCGGCCGCCGACGCCGACAGUGGCAGCAAUGCCGAGCUGGUGUACAGCAUCGUGGAGCGCUCUGCCACUGCGCUCUUCGAAAUUGAUGGCAGCAGCGGCGAGGUUCGAGUCAAAAACCUGCUGGACCGGGAGAAGACAGAGCGCUACGAGUUCCGCGUGGCGGCGGCCGACAAGGGUGUCCCAAGCAAAACCGGCACAGCGACAGUCGUGAUUAACGUCCUCGACCGCAAUGACAAUGACCCCAAAUUCAUGCUGAGUGGAUACAGCUUCUCCGUCAUCGAGAACAUGCCACCGCUCAACCCAGUGGGGGUGGUCACUGUCACAGACUUCGACAAGGGCGAGAAUGCCCGAGUCAAGCUGUUUGUUGAGCCCGACAACGGCAAGUUUGUCAUUCAGAACGGCACCGGAAACAUCCUGUCCAGCAUCUCCUUUGACCGGGAGAAGGAAAGCACCUACACCUUCCGGCUAAAGGCAGUGGACGCUGGCGACCCCCCUCGAUCCUCCUAUGUGGGCGUCACCAUCAACGUCCUGGAUGAGAACGACAACGCCCCCUAUGUCACCAAACCUGCAAACUCGUCCUACACGUACCUGAGCCCCGUCACGCCACCGGAGACCCGCGUGGAGGUGGUGGAGGCCGAGGACAUUGAUUCCGGACCCAACGCCGAGCUGGACUACACCAUCACUGGGGGUAACCCAUAUGGACUGUUUCAUAUUUCGCCUACCACGGGGGAGAUCACCCUGGCACAGGAAUUCACCGGCAAACACAAUGGGCUGCACCGGCUGGUGGUGCAGGUUCGGGACAAUGGGAAGCCGCGCCGUCACACCACCGCACUAGUGCAUGUCUUUGUCAACGACACAAAAGCCAACGUGUCGCUGAUUGAGGCCUUGGUGUGGCACAGUCUGUAUACGCCCCUGGACCGGGACAUUGCGGGGGAUCCCAACUAUGCCCUGGCGCAGCGUAGUAACAUCCUGUAUGGAAGCCUGGCCGGGAUCGCUGGGGUUAUCCUGGUCAUUGUGGCUGUGGUGGUCAUCCGGCACAGGUUCCAGAAGGACACCAAGAGCGGCUACCAGGCGGGCAAGAAGGAGAGCAAAGACCUGUAUGCCCCCAAGCAAGGACCCAAAAACUCCAAAGGCAAAAAGAGCAAGAAGGGCAAAGCUCCAAAACCAGCCAAACCUCUGGAAGAGGAUGAGGAGGCCAGCCUCCAGAAAGGCCUUAAGUUCAACCUCAUCAAUGAAGCUGUAAGCGACAGCCCCCGGAUACACUUGCCCCUCAACUACCCGCCCGGUAGCCCCGACUUGGGGCGCCACUACCGCUCCAACUCGCCGCUGCCAUCCAUCCAGCUUCAGCCGCAGUCGCCCUCGGCCUCUAAGAAGCACCAGGCGGUGCAGGACCUCCCGGCCACCAACACCUUCGUGGGCACGGGCGACAACAACUCCACCGGCUCCGACCAAUAUUCGGAUUACAGCUACAAGGCCAACCCGCCCAAAUACAGCAGCAAACAGCUGCCGCAGCGCCGGGUGACCUUCUCCACUGCCAACCAGGCGCAGGACCUGCAGGAUGCUUCCCAGCACAGCUACUACGACAGCGGGCUGGACGAGUCGGAGACUCCCAGUUCCAAGUCGUCGUCCGGGCCUCGGAUCGGCCCGCUGGCGCUGCCUGAGGACCACUACGAGCGCACCACGCCCGACGGCAGCAUCGGCGAAAUGGAGCACCCCGAGAACGACCUAAGGCCUCUCCCGGAUGUGGCCAUGACGGGCAACUGCACACGUGAGUGCACCGAGUUCGGACACUCGGAUUCGUGCUGGAUGCCUGGCCAACCGUCGCCCAACCGCAAAGGUUCCAAGGGAGCCGCCGUCCCCCCCAAGCUGUCCACCUUCGUGCCUUACCAGGAGAUGGAUGCCGCCCGCGAGCCGCCGCCCCCGCCGCCUGUGGCCAACGGCAGCCCCAAGCCCGUCCCUGUGGAGGAGCGCGGCGUGGGCGGGGGCAGGGUGGCUAACAUGCGCUUCAUGACACCCUACAGCAGUGCCUACCCCCUGGGGGCCACUGGCCAGACCCCCGCCAAAGACUGCGGCCUGGAGGAGAUCCCCCUCAGCCAGGCGGUGGAGUUCCACUCGGCCACCACCCCCACAGGCCACGCCGCCAAGAGGGAGAUCUAUCUGUGAGGGAGGCCCGCGCACCCCGGGAACCAUCGCUUCCAGUUGACGCUGCUCGCCAGAACACCUCACCCUUCAAACACCUCAUCAGCCCUCAAACACCGACCUGUCCCAUCCCCAAACCACCUCACUGUCACGCUAAAGACCUCACCCGACCCCAAACACCUCACUGCCCCACCCAAACACAUCAUCACCACCUCACUUUCCCCCUAAACACUUCACCAGGCUUUGAAAAACCUCCCUCACGGUAUCACCUCCCUACCCUACACACCUGAUGUGAUUUCCAAACACCUCACCACAACCCCAACCACAUCCCUGUCCCAUUAAACCAUUUCCUCUUCCACCUGACCCCUCACCAAGCCCCCAACCACCUCACCACCCCUUUAAACAUCUCACCGGGCCCUCAAACAUCACACCUUACUCAGCCCCCAACCACCUCCCGUAGUACCUCACCGUACCAUUAACAUCUUCCCUGCCCUAAUAAACACAUUACUUCACCAAACACCUCAUCUCACCCCCAACCAGCUCACCUUCCUCUUAAACACAUCUCACUUUCCUCCGCUAUCUCACUUGAUACCUCACUGCUUCCCGUAAACAGCUCACUGGGCCCCAAAACACCUCCAAACCCUUCCAUACACUAAUCCUAGGCACCCCCUGGAGAGUGCCCAAUAGGGGUGCGCGCAUCCCACUUCAUCAGCCAAUCAGCAUUGCCCUAACUGCUCCCCCAAACACCUUACUGCCCUAUUAAACUCCUGACUGCCCCGUCCCAACACCUCAGUGCCCCCAAACACCUCACCCAACAGCUCCCACGUACCCAAGCAACUCCCUGCCAGAUUUAACACCUUCACGGACAUAUCCAAACAGCUGGCCAAUGCCCUAAACACCUCACGGGCCCGCCUGAACACCUCCCCACCCCUAACAAAUCUCUUACCGAGCACCUCUCCAGCCCUUAAACACCUCACCUGUGCCUGGCUGUGUUAUAGCACAGUCUCCCUUAUCCCACCUUCCCUUACGCUCACUGCUCUAGGCCCCGCCCACCUGGCUUUGUGCCAGCCAAUCAGCUGUAAAUGAGAAAAUGGAAGGAAUGUAAACAAACAAUGCUUUGUGUCAUUUAUUUUUUUCACCCACCUGCCCCCACAACCCCUCGAGUGGACUAUGUUGUAAAUCCUUUCGCAGUAUUCUGUGUGAAACUAUCUAGCCUGACUUUGGACUUCUUUCUUUGGAUUUUUGGGGAGAAUUUGCCCACAACCAUUCUGGACAUCAAACAGCCUGGCCUAUUUUUUUUUUCCAAUGGUUUUUUUUUUUGUUUGUUUCCAGGACGUUUAACUUGUUUACACAUGGUGGGAAUCUUUUUCUCCCAGUUUCUACAUGUAAAUAUGGUGAAGCUCACGUGACGUCACACCGCGGGACUGAUGAGUUUUGCAUGUACAGACCCUGCUGGCAUUAUUAUUAUUAUUAUUUUUAAUUUUUUUUGGAGGGGAGGAGGGGUAUUUUUUUCUUCUCUUCAAUAUCACAACACACUCGUGAUGGCACAACACCGUUGGGAAGCAAUCCACAUGCCCAGAGUGGAAGUUGAAAGCUUCCAAGUCAAAACUGAAAUUCUCAACGUUGUCGUCAUCAUCAUCAUCAUGAUGAGAGCUGAAGGUUGCAUUUUUUUUCUUGAUUGUUGUUGUCGUCCGGAUUAAAUGUUGACGGCACAGAAUUUAUAUUUAAAUCAUCACAAGUGUUAAAAUUGAAUUCAAUUUAAAUUCUAAGCACCGAGAACCGUGGUUUCAUCCAAAGGAGCUUGAAAGUUGACAGGAAGUGUCAAAGCAGCAGCGUCCCCUUCAGAUCGAAAUGGUCACUUUUUUUUUCACUUUUGACAAAAUAGUUCUUAUGACCUUUGCUUUGUUUAUUGAAAUUAAUUAGUCAACUAAGUUAGUUGUAUGAGUUUAUCAAGGCAAGUUAAUCCAUUUGGAGGGUUUUAAUGAUGAUUCUUUCAGACAGAAACAAAGCCUGAUGGGUAAAUUGACUUUGUGUGAAUUUUCACAUCUACUCAACGAUUCACCCAAAAUGAGUUUCUUUUGACAUAAUCCCAGAUGUGAGCCCUUUCCCUCCAACCCGCUCUGUAGCACCCCAGAAGCAGUCUAGUAGUCGGCCAUUUUUGUUUGAUUUUGGUCCCUGUUCUGUUUAAUUGGUCCGUUUCCGGUCGUGUUCAUUUCAAAAGUAGGUUGUGAAGUACUAUUUCCAUUUCAAGGCCCAACAUAUGCUUCCCGCCUUCCUCCCCCUCCUCCUCUUUUCGUCUUUCCUCUCGACCUGGCCGUCAGGAAUCAGGUCAUUUUUUUUUUUUCCCUUUCACGCCUCCCGAGCGGCCGGCGUGUUUUGCUGCAUGAGGUAAAGAUGGAGGACGGAGGUUACGCUUACUCUUUGCCACCAAUUAACCUCCGCUGACCCUCAGUGGCCUUUUGCCGCCUCUGUUGGUUUUGAGUGUGUGUGUGUGCAUCUGUGUGUGUGUGUGUGUGUGUGUGUGUGUGUGUGUGCGUGUGUGCGUGUG